CCGCCAUACUCGUCGGACUCCUGCUGGUGAAGGCGCUCUGAUUGCUUUAAAGGGAUCUCUAGUAGGUAUUGGUACUGAUAUUGGGGGUUCCAUUCGCAUUCCCUCCUCAUUCUGUGGUUUCUAUGGAUUAAAGCCGUCCCAUGGACGUCUUCCCUAUCAGGGCAUGGCAAUUUCGAUCGAUGGCCAAAUUACAAUUCCUUCGGUAGUAGGCCCGAUGGCAGCGUCCGUCAGUGGGUUGGGUCUUGUCACAAAAGCCCUUCUCAAGGAAGAACCGUGGCUCUAUGACCCUAACGUGCUUGAACUCCCUUGGCGAGCGUCACAGUAUGAUGCCAUGGCCAAGAUCAUUGCCGACGCCAAUGUCGGACACGGCCGGUUGGCGUUCGGAAUCAUUGAGCAUGACGGUGUCGUUGCUCCCCAUCCUCCUGUCAAGCGAGCACUUCGAAUUGUCGUUAAUACCUUGGAGAAGUUGGGUCACCAGAUAAUCAGGUGGACGCCACCAUCUCAUGAACUUGGAGUUCGACUAGCCCUUACUGCAUGGAUAUAUGAUGGUGGCGUAGACGUUCAUCAUCACAUGGGUCUCGCGCAUGAGCCCAUUCCAGACGUUUUGGCUAGAACUUACGGAACCAAGCCCCUCCUCCAGUUCAACACCUCUGAGAUUCAUCGCAACAAUGUUUUGCUCCGAGAAUGGCGAAAAGCUUAUCUCGAUUACUGGAACAGUACAAGUAACCUAACUGGAACCGGCCGCCCUGUGGACGCCGUCAUAUGUCCAGUGGCUCCUUUCUGUGCUGUCCGUCCAACUAAAUACCAUUACUAUGGGUACUCCGUGUGGCCGAAUGCUACCGACUACACUGCUGGAUCAUUUCCUGUAACUUUGGCCAACAAACGAGUGGACACUAAGGAUGAGUCCUAUCAACCGAUCAAUGACAUUGACCGGAAGGUGUAUGAUGACUAUGACGCUGAAAUCUACGAUAAGUCGCCUGCAGGUCUUCAGCUAGUGGCAAGGCGGUUUGAGGAAGAAAAAAUGCUAGCCCUGCUGGAAUAUGUGGGUGAAUUAUUCAAGGCGUGAGAAACUAAAAACUGUUUCCCCUUCAUUGCACGCCUUUUGCGGAUUAGGGUAGUUACUAUGUUAAUUGA